GUGUUUGUGUCUUUACAUUGCUGUUGAUCAAAACUAGGUAGUUGUUUGGUCACCUUUGACACCAAAAUGUUAUUGGACUCAAAUAAGAAAGUCUGCAAGGAGAUACAGAGAUAGCUGAAUAUCAACCAGUCGAGAGGAAACAUAAUGCACGCAUACAUAUGUGCACACGUGUGUGUAUGUGUGUGUGUGGAUACAUUUAGCGCUGAUCCUAUGCUCAAGUCACUUAGUAUAGUAAGCAUAAAAUGAACUGACUUAAUCACGGAAAAGAGAGUGAUCUGUAUGCAUUAAAAAAGCAGUUCUCCACGUUGGGCAUGCUGGGAAAAGCAGAAUGUUCUUGCUCUUCCUUGUUGUAGAUUCUAAAAAUGCAUUUUGGCAUCAGUUCAUGAGAGACCUGGACAAGAGAGAGUAGCAACAGUGGUUCCUGCAUCCAACUCCUGCCAUUCUGGGCUUCUUCCCCCUCAAUUGUCUUUGGGCUCAGUCAACAUCACUUAAAGUCCUUUCUCAUAUAUAUGCUUUUUAAUCCUUGGGAUCUCCAGGUCCAGCUGACUUGCAGUCUGCUUCAGACGAGUAUUUCCUGUUCUGAGAUUUCACCUCUUAAAAUAAAGAGGAGAACUUAUUUGCAAGAGAAAGGCAAAGGUAUUCCAAGUACAGAUUGCUGAGGCAUUAAUGAGAAGAGUUAAUCAGUACCUUCUCUCUGGACCUAAGCUUCUAUAUACUGUAUGGAGUGUUGCUUAAAGCUCCUAGCCCUUGCUCCACACUAAAUAUAUUUUACUGUAAUACUUCAGUCAGUCAGGUGAAGAAUUUAGUUAUUUCAGCUCUGUGCUCUUUGUCUACCUGCCAUUACUACCGGUUAUAUGGAAGAAGCAUGCAACUGCAUGUUUGGCUGCCACACUGACACUACCACCAUGCAGAAGGAAGGACAUACUGGAAACUUUCCUGCAGUGCAAAAGAACCAGUAAUUUAAAAUGCUGACAUCUAGCACUGAACUGGAAACAAUUUCAGGUCUAUUUUUUUCCUUUACAAAAAGAAGGCUUUUAUACAGAAUGUGUGAAAUACAGGGAUACCAAGCAAUUUGCUCUUUGGAGGUUACAUUAAAUUUAGAUCCAUUUUAAUCUACAGCUGUAUAUUGAAAGGAGAGUGAUCUUACGGGACAGGAUUACAUCCUAACUUUAAAAACUGUACUAUGUCUAUUUUCCUGUUUGUGGCUCUGAACCUUUCCCAGAUAGAAGAGGGGGAAAAAGGUUGGUCCCAUCCACUUGUUGAAGAGGAAGCAGGACAAAGUAGGAAGCAGGCCAGCUUUGGAAAUGGGGCAUUCCAGGCGAACUAAUUAUCCCGACUGGGAUAAGAACAAAAGUCCAGAUCGCAGAAGGUGUGACAGUGCUAGUAAGAGAAAGAGGACAUUAAGUGGUGCGCAAGAGAAGCAGCACUGCAAACACGAUCUGUCUAAACUUCCUGACAGUACCUGUUCAGAAAGCAAAUCUGUAAAUGAAAGAGACCACUACGAACGACGCUAUGUUGAAGAAUACAGAAACGAGCACAAUCAGGGAUGUGAUACUGGGCAUCACAGCAGCAAAUCAUCGGGUCAUAGUGGGACGAGUAGUUAUAAAAGGAGAUAUAAGACACAUCACACUACCUGUCAUCAUCAUCAUUAUCCACAGAAGAGUCAUCGAAGGAAAAGAUCCAGGAGUGUAGAGGAUGAUGAGGAGGGUCACCUGAUCUGUCAGAGUGGAGACGUACUAAGUGCAAGAUAUGAGAUUGUUGCUACUUUGGGUGAAGGUGCUUUUGGAAAAGUAGUGGAAUGCAUUGAUCGCAGAGCGGAAGACAGACAUGUAGCUGUGAAAAUAGUAAAGAAUGUCGAUCGGUACUCUGAAGCAGCACGUGCAGAAAUACAAGUGCUAGAACACUUAAAUGCAUCGGAUCCUAGCAGUACGUAUCGCUGUGUCCAGAUGUUGGAAUGGUUUGAGUACCACGGGCAUGUCUGCAUCGUUUUUGAGCUGCUGGGGCUCAGCACCUAUGACUUCAUUAAAGAGAACGGCUUUCUGCCGUUCAGGCUAGAGCACAUUAGACAGAUGGCCUAUCAGAUCUGCAAGUCUGUGAACUUUUUGCAUUCAAACAAGUUGACACAUACAGAUCUGAAACCAGAAAAUAUUUUAUUUGUGACAUCUGACUACGUGGAAGAAUAUAACCCCAAGCUGAAAUGCGAUGAACGCAUGCUGAAAAAUCCAGACAUCAAAGUUGUGGACUUCGGGAGCGCAACGUACGAUGACGAGUAUCACAGCACGUUGGUGUCUACGCGCCACUACCGCGCUCCUGAAGUUAUCCUAGCACUGGGGUGGUCGCAGCCCUGUGAUGUUUGGAGCAUAGGCUGUAUCCUCAUAGAAUACUACCUUGGGUUCACCGUGUUUCCGACCCAUGACAGCAAAGAACACCUGGCAAUGAUGGAGCGAAUACUGGGGCCUUUGCCGAGUCACAUGAUAAAGAAAACCAGGAAACGCAAAUAUUUCCAUCAUGACCAGCUGGACUGGGAUGAACACAGCUCUGCUGGCAGAUACGUCUCAAGGCGCUGUAAGCCACUGAAGGAAUUCAUGACCUGCCAUAAUUCUGAGCAUGAAAACCUCUUUGACCUCAUUCAGAAGAUGUUGGAGUAUGACCCAGCCAAGCGCAUUACUCUUGAAGAAGCACUGAAACACCCUUUUUUCUUCCCCUUGAAACUGGAAAAGAAGAAGCUGUCUCCUAUAGCUGAGCAGACUGACACAGACGUCAGCCCAAAGAAACAUAAAAAAUGUUAAUUAUUUAUUGUGUACAGUUACUUUGUAAAUGCCCUAUUUUGUAUUAUGACUUUUUGGAUACUGAAGUUUAAUUCAGCUGCUGGUAUAAAACUUAUUUAA